AUGGCGAAGAAGAGAGUUUCAACUUCGAAAAACCCGGCUUCUACUGCUUCCCCUCCUACAAGCUCCCGGACAUCAACUCAAGGGGGCAUGGUGUUGCGGGUGAGGACAUCAGAGCGAAUGAAGGAAUUGGCGGAGAAGCUGAGCGAACCCAUUUCAGGGAAGAAGCUUAAAACGAUUUCGAAGAAGAAAAGUUCGAAGAUUGACGCCCUCAAGCCCAAGAAGCCCCCUACUGCGUUUUUCUUCUUCCUGGAAGAUUUCCGCAAGGACUUUCAAGAGACGAAUCCUGAUAUUAAGUCAAUGCGUGACAUUGGCAAGGCUUGUGGGGACAAGUGGAAGACAAUGACUUAUGAGGAAAAAGUCCACUAUUAUGAUAUAGCUACUGAGAAACGAGCAGAAUUUGAUCAAGCAAUGGCAGAAUACAACAAAAGAAAGGAAAUGGGGGACUUCCAGGAGUAUGAAGACGACUCUGACUUCUACAGCUGA